AGCUUGAGACAUCUUUUCUAAAAAACAGAGUGUUCAUUGGUUGGUAAGAAAAUCAUGAUGUCCAAGAUCGAAACCUUUGUAACAUUUUGUUAUGUUAGUGUUAUUGUGUUGUUAGGAGUGUGUUUGUAUAACAUGAAUUACAAUCUAUCAGCGAAAAAUAAGUUCCAAGUUCGCAAUUCCUGCGUCUUACCACCGCACCCAAUGUCCGGGUGGUGGACCCUUCCAAACCAGUUAACAAAACCACCAAACACGGCAGUACCAACGGGUUCCACAUUGCUAAUAUUUUGUAACCAAACCUACAAGUUGGACGGUUCAGCAAAAUCUCUCUGUAUAGAAGGAAAGUGGUACCCUAAAAUCGCAAAAUGCUUAAAAACUUGUCCGCCGAUGCUUUCUUCGUCACUGAUGAAAAUCCAGUGUUCUUUUGAUAAUAAAAUUAUGAAAAACUGCACAGACCCUAUUGAUAAUACUCAAGCUCAGUUCUUCUGUGCCCCGUAUUACGAAGACGAAAGAAAGGUGAAAUUUAAAGCGAUUUGUAAUAAUGGAAAGUGGAGCGAACAAGUACCCCAGUGUGUACCAGUAUGUGGCCGCCGACAAUCCAAAAAAGGAAUGCCGGUAAUCGCUAAUGGUACCUUUAGUACCAAAGGAGAAUUUCCUUGGCAGGUAGCCCUUUAUCAAAACAGAAACAACAUAUGUGGAGGAAUUUUACUACACGAAAGACUAAUCUUAACAGCCGCGCACUGUGUAUCUAAUGCUGAUGGUAACCCCAACCCCACCUACAUCUACAUUGUGAUUGUUGGAAACCACUACCGGAGAUACCACGUUGCAAGUCUCGAAGAUGGCGCUCAAAGCUCUUCGGUUCACGCUAUAUAUGUACCUGAUGGAUAUGCAGGUGGUGACAGAUUUUAUUACAUUGAUAUUGCAAUCAUUGUCACGACAAAGACGUUUAAAUUGUCGAGUACAGUACAACCUGUAUGCAUCGACUGGUCGACAGAAUAUGAACGUUUAUUAUAUAAAACUGGAAGACCAAUGGGGCUGGUUAGUGGAUGGGGUUAUACCAUAGAACACAGUAAACCUUCAGAUAUGUCAAGAAGUCUGGAACUUUCCAUAAUUGAUAGAGAAAAGUGUAUACAUAUGUUAGACGAUGUAGAACAUCAAGGGUACGUUACCGAUGAUAAAAUCUGCGGUGGAUAUUUAAACAAAAUCUUGGGAAAAUCCAAUAUAAAAAUGGAUUUUUCCAUUUUAGGUAAAUCGGUCCGCCACGGUGAUAGUGGCAGUGGAGUAGUUUUCAACCACAAAGGCAGACACUAUCUCAUUGGAAUAGUCAGCAUUUCUUUAUUAGCACAAACAGAAAAUGGAAGCCGUGACAGUCAAAAGUACUCCCUUUUCACUCAAGUCUCCAAAUACAUAGACGAUUUUAUUUGGGAGUAUUACGCCCGAUAUAAACCACAGGCCAUCCCUCUAGUAUAUACCACUGCACCGACCACACACAUUCACACUCAGACUAGUACUUCAAUGGAAACCUCUACAACAACCCCCACCACUCCAGCAGCAAAUAGCACAAACUGCCUUCUAACCAAACAGCCAGAAUUUGGUCAAUGGGCGAUUUAUCGUGGUACCAGUAAUUCCUCCCCAGGAACUUUCGUGAAAACUGGUACCAUGCUGAAGAUAGUGUGUCACGAAGGAUACAAAUUAGACGGAAACGACAUACUUGCAUGUGAAAAUGGUACCUGGUCGUCUGACAUCGGAAAUUGCUUAAAAAUGUGUCCAACUAUUGCCAGCACGAAAGUGAUGAAUAUUACGUGUUACUUUAACAUACGGAAACUGAAAAACUGCGCUGAGCCCGUGGUUGGUACCAUUGCGAAGUACCACUGUGCUCCGUUCUAUGAAGACGUGAAGUUGAUGGAGCAUUCUUUGUAUUGUAACGGGAGUUGGGGUAAUGCGAGUUGGACGCCGGGGACUCCCUAUUGUGUUCCAAAAUGUGGACACAGAUCAGUUAAGGACCCCGUGCUUAAUAUAUCUGACGGUACCAGAGAUUUUCCAUGGGUAGUGGGGAUUUAUAGACAAAAUGAUAACAAACUGAUAUGUACUGGUACUUUAUUAAGUGACAAAAUUGUACUCACUGUUGCUCGUUGUUUGGGAGACGUUAACGAAAAAUUGCUAUCUAAACAAUACAUUGUAGCUGCUGGUUCAUAUUUUUCUUCUAGAAGUUCUGAAAAAGUACAAACUUCUAGUAUUCAUCACGCUGAUAAUUAUGGUUAUUUGCUUAUUAUAGUACUAGAAAACGAGUUCCAAUUUUCACGAACCGUUCAACCGGUGUGUAUAGAUUGGGAAGGAGAAUUGACGAAAGAAAACGAUGAAGGCUAUCUCAGUCUUUGGAACUCCAACGGUACUAGUAUCAAUUUUUCGCAUAAUUCUACAACUGCUAAAGUAAAGUUGGCAUCAAUUGAAGAGUGUAGGAUGAAUUUACCAGAAGAAUAUAUGAAUAUGACAAACGAAAAAUUGUGUGUUCAUCAUUCAGAGAGAGGUGCUCCUUUUUGUGCGAUGGAUGGAGGUGGAGGACUCUUUGUGAAAUAUCAAGAUAAGUUUCACAUUUUUGGUGUUAUGGAUGUGUUAAAUACCCAAGAAGAGUGUGUUAAUCGGGAAUAUAGUCUUUAUAUCCCUGUUAAUUACUACCUCACAAUGUUUAAAACGAAACUGAAAAACUGAUACAAAGUUUGUAAUAUAUAA